AUGUCGUCGCCCCCGCCGCGGCCGCGAUGCGACGACCUCCUGCCGUCGCCCUCGAAUCCUCGAUACCGCAUCGCGCACAUCGGGUUCCGCCCGCCCGGCGGGCGUCAGCACAACGCGGACAAGGACAAGCGCGGCCGUCGAUACGACGCGGUCGGCGUGUGCAACGGCAUCGUGAACGCGGGCGCGGCGUGCGACGUGAUAGAGUACGACCCGACGCGCAUUGACGAGAUGGCGGGAACGCUGAGCGCGUACGACGCGUUCGUCGUGCGGAUCAACCCGGGACAGCUGUCGUGCCCGGGCGUGCGGGACGGCGCGCAGGACGACUUCGACGCGCUGAUGAACCGGUUCAUAGCGGAAGGGAAGCUCGUGUGGAAUUCCCCCGCGGUGCAGAAAACGAUGGGCGCGAAGAACGCGCUCGUGAGGAUACGCGACAUAUCCUGCGGUCUGUCGGACACGUUCACGUACGACAACAAGGAGGAGCUGUGCGAGGGGUUCCUGAAGACCGCGGCGUUUCGCCCGAGGGUGCUGAAACAAAACCGAGGGAGCCACGGCGAGGGCAUCUGGCUGUGCUGGCUCGAGGGCAAGGAGUACUGCGAAACGUUCGGGGAGAAGACGUUAGAGCUGAACGACCGGUUAAAACUCAUGGAGAUGAACGAUAACCACGUGGAGCAUCACACGGUGGGGGAGUUUUUAGAGUUUUGCGUCAACGGGCCGACGCCCGAGGCGGGGACGUGGCGGUCGGACUUUCCCGGGAGAUACCUCCGCGGCGGCGACGUCGGCCACAUCGUCGACCAGCGCCUGCUGCCGCGCAUCACCGAGGGCGAAGUGCGAAUGCUGAUGGUGACCGACACGUUGUUUCAGAUCAUACGGAAGAAACCCAACGGCGGCGGGUUCAGCGCGGUCGGCGGAAACAACGACCCGACGUUUUUCCCCCCGGACGCGCCCGAGUUCGCCGAGCUGAAGCGAAAAUUCAUCGAGCGGGACGUCCCGGAGUUACUCGAAGUCAUGGGAAUCAAAGACCAGCCUCUGCCGCUGAUAUGGACCGCGGAUUUCAUACCGUGCGACGGCGACCAGGAGGGCACGACGAAGUUUGUCGUCGGCGAGUUUAACUGCACGUGCGUGGGGAUAUCCAAUCUCUUCGGCGCGUGCGGAGCGGAGAAGGACAUGAGCGACGUGAGCGACGAGGACUACGCGAGGGCGAUGGAGCUGUGCGAUUUGAUCGGUCGGAAGGCGGUCGAGACGCUGGACGAGGCGGCGAGCGCGCGAGCGGCGGCGGCGGCGGCGGGGAAGACCGAGGGAAGGGGUGGAGACGGAGCGUGACCGCGCUCGCGCGUAUUUAUUCUAGUCGCGCGCUCGGCGCGUCGCUAAUUAUUAAAAUAUUCGCGCGACGGCGCUGCUCA